AAACACUAAUACAAACAAAAACAAAAACACAAACUAAAUCAAUUCAUCACAUUAAAUCGACCAAAGCGACUCUACCACCACCACUCUCUAUCAAUCCUCGUAUAACAGCAAACCAUUCUAUCAUAAACACAAAGAAAAUUGACAAUGAUGGGAUGAAAUAGGCAAGUAGCCAAUUUCCAACUUAUCAUUCCAGGUAAUUCCCAACACCAAAAAACUGUUCACUCCACCCAAAAAGGUAAAAAGACAAAUACCCAUUUCAUAAAAGUGUUUUCUUCCCCAAAAUCAUCAAACCAAAUUCCAAUAAUAUAUCAUCAUACUCCAUUUAAAGCAACCCCACUUCACCACCAUUACCAAGUUUACAGCCAACAUUUAUAUUAUUAUUAUUAUUAUUAUUAUUAUCAUAAAUUUAUUAAAAAAAAUAAAAAUAUUAUCAUAAAUAUUAAUAUAAAUUCUAAUAAAAUAUAAAAAUGGCGAUUAUUCCCUCCACUUCUUCUCUCUUUUCUUCUUGUCCGAUCACUCUUGUUAGAGUGCUACUACUCUCUUCUUGAAACCCCACAAUUUUAUUCUUUUCCUCUACCUAUAAUUCUCCCUAAUAAUUCCCCAAUAUUUAGAUUUUUUUUUUCCUUUUAAUUUCCACAAUUUCGCGAAAUAAAAUUCAACAACUUAAUCAUGGGUAACGUCGGAAGCAGCGGCCAAAACGGUGGAAAUCGACGGCGUCAAAAUAGCCGUCGAAACCACCCACAACCCCCACCACCGCCACCGCCACCUCAACCACCGCAACCGGAGAUCACCGGUAAUCGGUACGUUUUCGCAGCGGCAACACCGUUUCCUUCAACGGGCUAUUACCAGUAUCAUCCACCGGCUCCCGGAUAUUAUCCACCUCCACCACCACCACCACCCCUUUCUUCGGCGAUGCCGAUGCCGAUGCCGUUGCCAGCACCGUAUGAUCACCACCAUCAGGGCCACCAUCAUGCUAAUUGGACUGCUGGGAGGUACCAUUAUGGACCCAUGAUCCCGCCGCCGGCUACGCCGUAUAUUGAACACCAAAAGGCAGUUACUAUUAGGAAUGAUGUGAAUUUGAAGAAGGAGAGUUUGAGGGUUGAGCGUGAUUCUGAGAAUCCUGGCAAAUUUCUUGUUGCCUUCACUUUUGAUGCUACUGUUGCUGGGAGCAUAACUAUAAUAUUCUUUGCAAAGGAAGGUGAAAAUUGCAAGCUGACACCAACGAAAGAAAGCAUUCUCCCUCCAGUGAUUGUACACUUUGAGCAAGGCUUAGGCCAAAACUUCAUACAGCCUUCUGGAACUGGGAUUGCCUUUUCUAUGUUUGAGGAGGCUGAAUUACUCCAGGAUGUAGAUGUAUAUCCUUUAGCGAUAAAGGCGGAUGCAUGCCCAGCUAAUCUAACAGAUGCUGAUGGAGAGCCUGUUCCUGGCAGCACAAACUCUCAGAUAACUCAAGCAGUAUUUGAUAAAGACAAAGGGGAAUAUAAAGUGAAGGUGCUUAAGCAGAUUCUGUGGGUUAAUGGGAUGAGGUACGAGCUACAAGAAAUUUAUGGAAUAGGGAACUCGGUUGAAAGUGAUUUUGAUGGAAAUGACCCUGGAAAAGAAUGUGUUAUCUGCUUAUCAGAGCCUAGAGAUACAACAGUUCUCCCAUGCCGGCACAUGUGUAUGUGUAGUGGAUGCGCAAAAGUUUUGAGGUUUCAGACUAACCGUUGCCCCAUAUGCCGGCAACCAGUUGAGAGGCUUCUGGAGAUCAAAGUCAAUAAUGGGAAUGAAGAAGAAAGCAACUGAGUUGCUCAAUGGUUAUUGGCUUCUUCAGAUUGGUUGCUGCCAAAUUUUCCCUUUUUUAAAAAAUUUUUAUUUUUACGAUUUCUAUAUAUUUUAAUUGUAGAGCUCUUAUUUGCUCUAUUAUCCUGAAAAAAAAAAGUGAUGUAACAAAAGUCCUUGUAUAAAGGAAUGAACAAGAAUUUGACACUAAAAAUAUUCCACACAUAAGUUGAUGGGGUUAAUUGUAAGUAAUAUAGUAAAGUUUGAAUAACAUAUUGGUGAUUACUAUAUUUAUCUUGUUAA